UUCUUGUCGCAAGCAGGAGGCAACACCUCCGAAGAGAAGUGUGACAUCGUUAAAUUCCUAUAUUCGUCAUCGAGUUCCUAGCGAUUUCAAAGAAGGAACAUCUCUCUCUCUCCCGCAAUCAUAUGUAGAUACGGGAUUAACGAGAUUUUUGGUGAAAGUUUGGUGGCCACUGAAUGAGUGAAAGCCCUGAGAAUGAUGAAACCCAAGGCGAGCGCCUAAGGUGCCUUAGGUAUAUCGGAGCAUCGAUUCUCCUCGUCUUUGAAUAUACACCUAAGCCCGACUCGGUCGCUCGCGCGCACUCGGGACCUCCAUCAAGUCCGUACUUCGCUUGCGCGAGAAUCGUAAAGCUCAUAAGUGUCGCGUAUACGAUACCGUAAUACGUUCUGCGUUUCAGUUCGAGCUGCGCCGCUGCAACGUGCGGCACGGUUCCCCAUUGGGACGAGCAACUCAGCGUUGUUGUGCGUCAACUAGUUCGGGAAAAAAAAAAUAGAAAAACAAACGGAGGGAAAGUGCAUCCGAAGGCCGCUCUACUUUCUCGAAAGGUAGAAAUAAAAUAGGCAAAAUACAACACGUGGCGCAAUCUACGACGAUCUGGAACUUGUUCUUGUAGUAAAGUGUGGUUGUGGCGUUGAAGUGAGAGAGAGGUGACGGCAACACACGUGGACAGGAACGCGUGUCAGGUGACUCAAUGGACGGAGUAUUUGUUAGUCGACGUACUACUUGAAGUCCAUUUAGGUAUAACGAGUCUCACAGGCGCAGCGACUCACUUUAUUAUAUACGCAAUUCGUGACAUAACUGCGUAUUUAUUUCCUUGACAAAAAAGAAAGAACAAAAAAUUAUUACGAUACUUAAAAGACACAGAAGUAUUUGUUCUCCUUCAUGCUUGGAAUUUAUAUUUCGUUUCGAAAGAAAAAUGUAUGACGUGUUCGUGAUAGGUUUUACGACCAGAAUUAUGCGUGAAUACAUACUAGGAAGAGUGAAAUCGCAAAAUUGAGGAAAAUCUUUACUUUGCCGCUCGAAUUAUUUCGCUUCGGUCUUUCGUUCGUUUCGUCACGGUCCACUAUAAGACUGCCUAAGAGGGGUCGAGCGCACGCGAUAAAGAAAGGAUCGAUCCUCAUCGAAUCUUGCAGUUGAAAAUCCUUCAAACUGGGCGACAGAAGGGGAAAACAUCGUAGAGUGAGAAUGGCGGACGAAGAUCAACAGAGUCAACGGCCGGCCCCCAAACACAAGAUUCUGAGUCAUCUGCCGGUCGUCAUCAAAAUAAUCGAAGUGAUUGUGGCCAUUUUUGCGAUCGGUCUGGCGGUCGAUCCGAUGAACUCGUUCCAGCGGAUCUUCAACAGGCCGCGGUUCAAGCUGGACGAUGCCGCCACUAUUUACGUUACGGUAGCCGGCUAUAUUCUCAUCAAUGCGAUCUUCAUCCUCAGCCACAUGCUCGGCGAUCGCGUGCCCAAAAGAACGCUGCUAAUCUUCGCGUCCGUGGGCGCGUUUAUGCACGUGGUUGCCGGAGCCUUGAUGGUCCACAAUUGGCGUCAGAUGAACGGGCCUUACUAUUACGUGUACAACGAUGAGAUACAUCCCAGCAAACAGUACAUGGAUAUGCUUAUAUCCGCGGCCGUAUUUACGUUCGUCAACGCGGUAGUAUUUGUCGCGGAAAUGGUCGCCAUAAUAAGAUAUUCGUCGUGAAUAUAUAUCGAAGGUAAUUUCGUAAAAGAUCCGACGAUCUAAGGGAGUCGAGGAACUCGCCAGAAUUACGAAGAAAAAAAGCAGAAGAUCUUAAAUUUCUUUUGAAAGUUUAUUACACCAUUGACUUAUUAGUUUUCCGAAAUGUGUCUCAAAAAAUGCUAAGUCAAUAUAGUCCUAAUAUAUUUUAUAGAGAUAGUCUUUUUUUAAAAAACAUUUAAUUAACAAAAAAUUUUUGUCUUUUAUCACGAAUUUUAACGGAUAUUAUCUGCUUUGAGAAAAAAUUGUAGAACAAAUUAUAAAGUUUUUUGUAAUAUUUACUUUGUAUAUCAUUUGACGAGCACAAGAAUCGUAUUGUAGAAACUUGAUAAUAGUGUUAUAUAAUCAUCACCAUAGUGUAGUAUAUAAGCAACAUAUCGUGUAUAUCGUUAUCGUUGGAAAAAUUAGUGUUAAUAUAAUAGAUUCGUAGAUAAUAUUAUGUAAAAACAAGAGAUCGAACGCGAGAAAUCGCAACGAUUGCGUGUGUAAUCGCAAAUUGUAAAAAUUUCAUUGCCAUUCGAGCAAUAAAUAUCUAUUUGCGUGUGAAUCCGUCCAAUAAGUUUUGUAUGUAUAUUCAAAGAGCAUUUAUUUCUACAAAAUAUUUAAUACACAAUUGAAACUAUACUCUCUUUUAAGAGUAAAUAAAAGAUAUUUCUUCUCUCAUU